GGGCGGGUGGGUCACUCGGCGGCCGCAGGCUCGGCUCCACUCGCGGCUCGUGAGUCCUAAGGACCCCCGCUCUGUGGACUCCCCAGACCUCGCCACCCGCGCUGCGAAGGUGGGCGCGGCGGAGCAUGGCCGCGGGGCCCAGGGCGCGCCGGGCCGCGCCGGUCCUGGAGGCGCCCCCCCAGCACGAGCAGACCUCUCACACAAAGCUUUCUGCGGAUGAUGAGUGGAAUCUGCAGCAGGAGCAGACGUACAGGAUGCACCCAGGCCACGAGUCCAUGCACGUGGAGAUGAUCUUGAUCUUCCUGUGCGCCCUGGUCAUCGCCCAGAUAGUGCUGGUGCAGUGGAGACAGAGGCAUGGCCGCUCCUAUAACCUGGUGACCCUGCUGCAGAUGUGGGUUGUCCCCUUGUAUUUCACCAUAAAACUUUACUGGUGGCGCUUCCUGUCCAUGUGGGGCAUGUUCUCCGUUAUCACCAGUUACAUCCUCUUCAGAGCAACCCGCAAACCGCUCUCCGGGAGGACACCACGGCUGGUCUACAAGUGGUUUCUUCUCAUCUACAAACUCAGCUAUGCAUUUGGCGUUGUGGGAUAUCUGGCCAUCAUGUUUACCAUGUGUGGAUUCAAUUUUUUUUUCAAAAUCAAGGCCAGAGAUUCCAUGGAUUUUGGCAUCGUGUCCUUGUUCUACGGCCUCUACUAUGGUGUAAUGGGAAGAGACUUUGCAGAGAUCUGCUCGGAUUACAUGGCUUCUACUAUAGGGUUCUACAGCGUCGGUGGGAUGCCCACGAGGAGCUUGUCGGACAACAUAUGCGCUGUCUGCGGGCAGAGGAUCAUCGUGGAGCUUGAGGAAGAAGGACUCAUUGAAAACACCUACCAGCUUUCCUGCAGCCACGUCUUUCACGAAUUCUGCAUCCGAGGUUGGUGUAUUGUUGGUAAAAAGCAGACUUGUCCUUACUGCAAAGAGAAGGUUGAUUUGAAGAGAAUGAUCAGUAACCCCUGGGAGCGCACACACAUUCUGUAUGGGCAGAUUCUGGAUUGGCUUCGUUAUUUGGUGGCCUGGCAGCCCGUGGUGAUAGGAGUAGUUCAAGGCAUUAACUAUUCACUUGGGCUGGAAUAGUACAGCAGGCUUACCUCGGCAGCAUUGGAUUGCAUGGUGGAAGAUUUUUACACUCUUGGUCCUCUCUUUAAUAUUGAUAUUCUUUUUUAAAUUUUAAAGAUGAUCCCAAGAGUUUAGUUUGAUGUCCUACAUAUGGCAAUUUGUCUAUGUGGAAAGAAUUUAAAGGGAAACUGAAUGAUGGAAUAAACCAAUAAAGUGUCCUUGGCUUCUUUCCAUUACAAUCAUUUUCUAAUCCAUGCAUGCGACACAUUUGUUACAGCCCACCAUGGACAUUCAACCUCUAGUCCAGCUGGCCAGGGUCUCAUCUGUAAAGUCUUUCAGAGGUUUGCAAAGUACUCACAUACAAUAGUUAUAACUAAUCCCUUCCUAUCCGUUCAACAUCUUCAAAGAAGUCGGCAGUAUUGUUAAAUAACCUAUGGCUUAAGGAUCUGGUCUUUUCUGCUUUCUGUGCUUGCUGCGUUUGGCAGCUUAGACACCACCAAAGCCCCUCUGUGUGGAGGGGAUCACUCCCGAAACCUCUAGAACAAGUAUCAUAGCCCCCUUCGUGGGCUAGAGUUCCACUGGGUUUCCUAAAGCUGCCAAUGCACUCGGCCUUUCCCAGAGUGGCACUAAAUGCCACCUUACACACACAGACACACAUACACACACACUCACAUACACACUCACUCACUGUACUGCAGUACCUUGCAUUUUCUACAUAGCACCUCUCAAUGCCUGACGUCCUAUCACCGAUGGAUUUGUUCAUUGUUCAUUGCUUGUCUUGCCCUCACGCUUUGUUCCCUACUAUGUCAGCACUUGGAGGAGGACAUGUCAUAGCCUAGCCAUUCAAUAUGUAUUUGCUGGAAGAAGGAGUUUAUCCAGCAGGAAGAAACAAAGCCAAUGAAUUAAAUUAAAAAAAAAAAAAAAGAUGAGUCAAAGGAUUCGCCCAAAAAUGACAUGUUAGAUUUCUGCAAUAAUUUUUAAGUUACUUGAUGAACAGCUGGCAUUGUAUACCUAACAUCUGGACAUCUAUUCUUCAGUAUUUGAAGAUAUUGUACUCACAUGAUGUAGGGAAGAUACCCACCUAUUGUCUAAUAUACAACAUACUAAAUGCUACUCACUGUCCUUCACUGAUUGGAAGAAGUUGUGAUGUACACAUACAAUAGAAUACUACUCAGCUAUUAA